AUGGCGGUAGCAGCCACGCGCUCCGCCGACCCCCGAGACGAGAGCACCACUCUCAGUGCUUCGUGUCUCAAACCCGACGCGAGACUUGCAAGCGGCUAUUGCGCUAAUUUCCGCCCAUUGUGCGACGAGUCACGACGAGCGCGGAGAGGAAGUUUGGCUUUGGCCAGGGGGCCCUCUGUGCGCGCCACUUCUACAAAACGCUGCUGGAGGCUUGGCUGUGUCACUCCGGUGCGCGCGCGCGUGUGUGUGUUGUGUGUUGUGCGUGCGGGUCUCUGCAUGAACAUGUCGACAUCAAGCUCCCGGAAAACGACUGAGCCAGCAGAGGAGCCCGUGGACGAGGUGCUGCGAAUGCCGCCGAUGAUGCUGAUGUGCGGCGGGUGCCGGCAGCCAAUCAGCGACCGCUACCUCCUCAAGGCCAUCGAGCAGUUCUGGCACGAGGAUUGCCUCAGCUGUGACCUCUGCGGCUGCCGCCUGGGCGAGGUGGGACGAAGGCUCUACUACAAGCUCGGACGCAAGCUCUGCCGCCGGGACUAUCUGCGGCUCUUUGGGCAGGACGGUCACUGCGCGUCGUGCGAGAAGCGCAUCCGAGCCUUCGAGAUGACGAUGCGCGUGCGGGACAAGGUUUACCACCUCGAGUGCUUCAAGUGCGCCGCCUGCCAGAAGCACUUCUGCGUGGGCGACCGCUACCUCCUCGUCAACUCGGACAUCAUCUGCGAGCAGGACAUCUACGAGUGGAGCAAGAUCAACAUCAUGAUGACCUGAGUCGCCUGGGGAGGAAUGGCAGCAGCAGCAGCAGCACGAGAAGCUGAUGGAUGACGGAAGGCCUGGUGCUGGGAGGAUAGAGGCUUGCGGGCUCCAGGAGAGGGAGUCCAACCCAACCCAAAAGGCUUCCGCGCUCUGGCUCCAUGCAGGAUAUUUCGUUCCAAAAACUACCGACAGAGACGUUUAAGAAGGAUGCGAGUUGCGUGUGGUCCAAAACAAGAGGAGUGCGAUGGAGGUGUAGCAAUCGCUCGCUCACGCCACUACUGCUGGAAGGGCCUCCAUUAUUAGGAGCUCAAGAGAGGCCCUCUAGAGGUGCGUCUAUUGGACCUACUCUUCCACGCUGUUACCCCAUGGGCACGCGACCUGCCGAUCGAGGAACUGUGCCUGACGCCUGUUUACAACUGAACCUCAUGGCGGGACCCUGGGGUCCCAUAAGCCCCCGGCUCUCGCACAAACUGCGUUGCGACGUUGUUUUAUGUCUGUUGAAGGCGAACGAUACGACAAUCUAUUCCGCUCGACGAGCUCUACACGAUGCACUAAUCAAAGUUUCUAAGUUUUGUUUGUUCUGCGCAUUCGUCCUCGCUGCGCUUGGACACGACACGACAACAGAACGAUCCACGCCAGCUGGGUCGCGGCGUUUAUGUGCACGGUGGGACGGAGUCGGAAAAUGUUUUUAAUAAUUUACGAUUUUGACUUCCGUUUAUUGGUGACCCCGGGCUCCCGCCAUAAGGUUCGUUUAAUAAACAUGCGUAUUGAGGAUUUAUUUGGCUGUUAUACAUUUCCACAUAAGCCACUUCAGCUAUCAUCUGUGGCCAGGACGCUUCUGAAAAAAAGCGCUAUAUAGCUCAUUGGGCCUUACCUGGUAUUUAAACAACAAAAAAGUUGUUUUCUUUAGUUUAGCGAGUUUUGUCACGCGCACAAAAUGUGCUGACGAGUGACCGAUUUCAGCACCACCGGCGGUGCAGACGCAAGCUUCGCGUCCGCCUUACUUUCCGGAGCGUCUUAUAACCCGGAGAAUACAGUGUAUGUAUAUAUACAAACGUAUUAUUUUUCCUCAGUUUUAUUGAGUCAACAAACCACCUCUGAGGGGAGGUCCGAUCAUGUGUUCUGGGCCCAAAAAAGCCGACAUGAAUUACAAGCAAUGGUACUGAACAGUGAAUAAUGCUGCCUGGUCUGGAGAUUGAUUUUGUCGUAACACACGAUGUUGCGAAACGAGCGUUGGACUUUCUGACAUUCAUGGUUACUGUGGUCAGGCUGUAGAAGGAUUUGCAUUAAGAGGAUACAUUUUUUUUUAAGAAAGCCAACUUCAAGGCAGUCAGACAAAAUAGUUUUGCGAUACUGUAUUUGUGCAGGUUUCUGCUGGUGCAUUGUGAAUGGAUAUUUGUUCAGGAUAAAAUGACUUGUUCUCAAAUCCUCAUCCCGCAUGAUACCCAUGUUUCACUGGACUGGCAUUAUUCAUUCAGGGCAACUAUUCAAUUCAAUAAAAUAUAAAUAAAUGAGAUUGUGGUUACUCUAGCGGCCUCUCGUGGCCGAAAAUAUCACGCAAAUCCAUGGCAUUACACUUAUAAUAUAAGAACUGAUAAACAUUGGUUCUCACGCAUGUGAUUUGAUGUGUGUAUCGUGAAUAUAAGAAUCAAUAUUUAUUGAUGAAUUGAUGCAAUGCUACGUCCGUAAUAUGUAUAAAUUAAUCAUGACAUUUUGCCAUUUAAACAUGGUUACACAUUUACAAUCCAUUUCGCAUAUGCGUCUGUCGAUGAAUGUAGAUGAUAACGGAAUAUAAUAAUUAAAUAUGUAAUGCAAGAAAAUUAUUGGAAAACAAUCUCAACUGAUAUGCUGAAAUGUACAGAUAAGAGUUGUGCGAACGGUCACUCUACAAAAUGAGGUAAUCUCUUAAAAUAUUGUUUCGGGGACUAAUCUGUCAUUCGGAAGCCUAAAGACUGCCCACACGAUGCAGAUUUCCUACCUGUGAAACAUGCCCUACACAUUUAUACACAGCUUGUCAUCGGCCUCUUUGAUACUUAACUGUAGACGUCCGAAUGACGGCUCACUCUCCUGAACAGCGCCUUGAGAGAUUACCGUAUCAUCGUAGCGUUACCAUUUGCUAAACUGUCAUGACCUACAUUAAUCUACAGGAGUCAUUAAUAGAGGGAUUGUCAAUAGUUGCCCGGCCUGCCCCGAUGAAGGCCGGCUGUGGCAUGCACAGGUGAUAUCGUAGAUAAAAGAGUUACCUGUAAAAUUGGGAAGGGGGUCGUGGUGGUGUUUAAUCGUGCUUAGAGCGGUUGGGUCCCCCUAAAUGUGUCCCCUGGAAAUCUAUUAAAGAAAUAGACAUUCGUCAACAACACUGCCUUAAAAGAAAAAUACAAAUCAUCGGCGACAUUAAGGGAAAUGGCCCUUCACAGCACAUGAAGAAGGGUCAUUGCUUGAAACGUCGCCUAUCAUGUUUAUUUUUAAGGUGGUGUUACUGACGACUGUGGUGAAUUUUUACGUUUUCUAUUAAAGCAACACGGUUCGCAUGAGAAUGCUACUCCCUAAUGGGAGAAUACACGUAUAUAUGUAUAUGUAUUUUGCAAAAGCUCUUAAAAAUCUUGCACAGGAUGUGUUUUCAAAUCCAUUAAAUCGACUGUGGACACGCGUGCGGGAGAUUGAGAAACACUGCCGUGGGGAAAGAGGAAAAUAUAAAAAAAAACCCACGCACACACAGGUCUGGGAGUUGGACCAUGUGCAACUGCUGCCUUGCGUCAGAAAACGUCCUCCGAUGAAUAUCUUGGGAGAGAGGGGCGAGGAAUGGCGUGGUCAUCCACUGUGCCUGCACCAACAGCGCUCAGUGUGUUUUUUUUUAAGUCCCGCAGUUAUAGACGUCUGGUUGGAAUGAUAAAGAUUAAUUCUAGAUUUGAAGCUUUCGUGACUGCAAGGAUUCAUAUUCUUAGGGUUUUUUUUCGGUAAAGUCACGUAGGUAAAAAAAAUGUAAAAUUAAUGAAAGUAAA